UCAACAUUCCAGAUCCAUUUUAAUACUGUCACAAAGGCAUUUCUUAAUUUAACUAUGAUCUACAAAGAUCAUAGCUGUUAAAGUUAAACUAAAGAAAACUUCAUGUUUAAAAUGUCAUACAAGUUAAAAAAUUCACGAGCAAUCGUCUUCAAAGAGCGAUGACGACAGCAACGGUGACAAAUAGACCCAUGUACUACCAUUUUCGAUUAUCAGGCCGUCACCGUUAUAUGUAAUGGUAAUUCUCAGCUCAAAUCUCAUAAAGAAAGACAUCUGUCUUUAAUUUCAACACAUGCAUUUCUUCUUGUAUACAAAAUCAUGAAAUUGUAAAUAACAAGUACUGGUGACUAAUAUGAAAAGAGGUGUGUAUAAAACGUUUUGAUGCAUUUAGAGUGUGAUGGAAGAAAGUGAAUUCCUGCAUAAGAUUUCUGAUGAAGACGAACAGGAUCGUGAUUACACUUGCCGGUUAGAUAUAGAGCCGAUAGCAACGUCAACAACAUCGCCGAUAACAACAUCAACAGCAUUGCCAUCAUCACAAACAACAUCAAUAACACCAGAUGUAAGUUGCAGCAAAGCGAUUUUUCAAUCAUCACUUUCCAGCUUCGAAACUGAUUUUGAAGACAUUCCCGUUACACCUCCUGACUGUCAAUUGUCAUCUAACCAUGAUUCAAAUAGCAAGACAUUUGAUGUGCGACAAUCCGACUCGGAAAGAGUCCGAGGUGCAUUGUGUCGCGUUUUUAGCCAAAAUUAUUCCGAAAGUGACUCGAUUAGUGUCAACUCGUCACUGGUAACAUCAUCUUCAUCAUCCUCAUCACGCGUCUCUCCGAAAAGAAUGGCUAAAAGUGAUUCAUUCUGUGACUGCUAUGCUCUUGGUCAAGAAAAAGAAUGUUUGUGUGGAGAAGAGGAUUCGUUUUUUGACUGGGUCUGGGAUGAAGAUUCUAAAUCUUCUGCUUGCUUACUGAAGCAAGACCACAGAGAAGUAUUAUUUCACAUGGACUAUAGCUGUGGCACAGCUGCCGUACGGGGUACUACCCCAAUGAAAGACAAUCAACAUUACUGGGAAGUGAAAAUGACCUCCACAGUCUAUGGCACUGAUAUGAUGGUUGGAGUUGGAACACAGAGUAUUGACUUGGACAAAUAUCGUCAUGCAUUUUGUAGCUUGCUGGGUAGAGACGAGGACAGUUGGGGUUUGUCUUACACAGGUGUCACGCAUCACAAGGCUCAGAAAGAACUAUACACAUCUAAAUUUGGCCAAGGAGAUAUCAUUGGGGUCCAUCUUGAUAUGUGGCAUGGAACAAUGUCAUUUUAUAAAAACAGAAGACCUUUAGGUAUUGCAUACAAAGGACUUCAAGGAAAAAACUUAUACCCAGUUGUAUCCUCCACAGCUGCUCGAAGUGGUAUGAAAGUGGUCAGAUGUCAGUCAUUUCCAACAUCUCUUCAAUUCAUGUGUUGCCAAAUCUUACGCACACAUAUCCCAAGCCACAUGGAUGUUUUAGAAGUUGUAGAUUUGCCUCCUGGUUUGCGAACUUUCCUCCACGACAAAGUUGGUUGGCUACUGCAAUCCUGUCGUUUAUCUGUCAAAGAUGUUGUAACUGCUGGUUCAAAACGACCAUGUCAAUCUCCUUAUGGAUAUUAUGAAGAUGAUGAUCGGCGGAAAAGGCGCUGCUUAUGGCCUGUUAACUCAUUGCCAGAACCAUCUUAAUAUUAAUUUUGUGCAGUGGGUAAAUGAAAUUUGAAAAUUUUCUUUAGAAUCUUCUAUUGGAUUGAUACAAAAGAAAUAGUUAUUGCUGUGAGAGCUAAUGGACUCAUUUGGACCAUCAAUACCUACCACUGACUAUGAAGUGGAACCGAACCUGUGAUAAAAGUUAUUUUGCAUAUGGAUGUUUUAAAAGGAAUAACCGAUUCUCUAAGAUAAUUUGUGUGUGUACAAGUCUGUGUUUAAAUACACAUGCAUUCAAGAAUAUAUUUAUAUCUCUUCUUUUAAUUACCUGUUUGUGAAUGUCAAGGAAAUUAUAUGUGUGUGUAUGUGUACUUUAAAUGUCGUAUAUGUGUUUGUUUCGAACUAUACACACAUGUAUGUUAUAGAGCAAGUAUUUGUACAUUUUUGUAGAUAAGACACCCCUCAUUGAAAUGUCCAUCGUCCAUUACAAUACCAAGAGGACAUUCCAUGCAUUUUUAAUCUGUUUGAAAACCCAUUUCACAUAUAUAAAGGAAAUUUUCAAACUUUCCUUUGAAAAUAUUUGGCACAUUGUGAAAUAGUUUUUCUGUACACUUUAAACAGAAACCAGAAUAAAUAUUUCCAACAAAUUUUCUUUUUCCAUUAGCACAGGGAAGGCUAGAAGAUGUGGUAUUAUCAUUUCAUUCUUGAGUGAAGAAUGGACAGUUUUUACUGCAUUUUUACCUUUUUAUUUCAUUUUAUCCAAUAAUAACAAUUUUAAUUCAUAAGAUAUGCAUUUUGCCUUCUGCAGUUAAAACACAAAAUUAGCAAUCAACAUAACAUAUGCUUGAAGUGGUUGGCUGACCAACUUGAGACCUCUAGUUAAUUGAUUUUUACUUAUUUGUUUCUUCAAUGAAGUUGCAUCAAAACUUUAAAAGAUUGCUGUGCGGAUAUAAUAUUGUUAAAGAUUUUUAGAUUAAGACAAUAGUUCUGAUUUUUUGGUGAUUUUUUUUUUCCUGCUUGUUUGGUAUCAUUACAUUCUUAUUAAUUAGGAAAACCUCAUAGGAAAUAGAGUUCUCUAAAUUUUUAAUAACAAGGAAAAUCUGACAACAUAAAGAAGUUAUGGAAAACAUUGGGAAUUCCAAUUGUAAAUUAUAAAAGCAAAAGCAUUCAAGAUGCUUUUUUUUUAUAAUUUAGUUAAUUUUAACACGAUGAUAAACAUUCUUGAGCUCUUUUUCCUUAUGAUUGCAAUGUUUUAUUCCCUUAACUCCUCUUUUGACUUCUGCCUUUAUGUUUGUUAUGCCUGCUGUAUAUUAUUACCUUUGUAUAAUAUCUGGCUUUCUUCAGACUAAAGGCUUUGAAGUUUGUUUUCUUUUGUGAGUGCGUGUGUGUGUGUGCGUGUACAAGUAUAUGAAAGUAAAUUGUAUUAUUCUGGUGUACAUAAUCUCAGCUGACAUCACAUUGACGGUAUCUUUUGACAUCAAAAUACUUUGGAAAAUUUUUUUAUAUAACAGUUUUUAUUAUGAUUUCUAUACUAUCUUUUAAUUUCAACUGUAAGGCAAUUUUUAGAAAAGGUACAUGUGAUAUUGGAAAAGUGUAUACACAGCUAAUAAAAAGAAAAUUUAUAAUGGACUAAGCUGUUUCCUAAUAUUUGGUGGGGUAGGAAUAUAUUAUUUGUUUAUCCCUGUUUUUCUAAUAAUAAAAUUCAUGUUUCACCAUU